AUGCUGCGCCUCGCGGCCAAGCUGGUGGCCUUCUUCUGGAGGCGGGCAGACGUCCCCGCCGAGGAGGCUGGGCCGGAGCUCGCGGAAGGUGACACCAAGCUGAAAACCGUACAGGGUGUCGUGACAAGGUACUGCGGCGACUAUGGCAUGAUUGAUGAUUUGAUCUACUUCUCCAAUGAUGUUGUGGCCGGCAAGGUGCUUCUCAACGUUGGGCAGGAAGUGAUUGCAGUUGUGGAGGAAAAUAAAGUGUCAAACGGACUGAAAGCCAUCCGGGUAGAAGCGGUCUUUGACAGAUGGGAAGAUGACAGCAAGAAGAGCAGCAAAGGGCUGGCCGACUCCGGUACCCGCCUUUUGAUAGGCUGUGUGACUUCGCUGAUGGGAGGUGCCGGCUACAUCAACCAAACUACGUACUUCCCUCUAGAGAGUGUUUGUGAAGGUUUCCAGCCCUGCAAGGGAGACUGGGUAGAGGCUGAGUACUGGAUCCGGCCCGGCACAUGGAGCAGCGAGGCUGUCACCGUGAAGCCCCUGCGAUACAAGCGCGUGGACAAGGUCUGCAUUUCCAGCCUCUGUGGACGAAACGGGGUGAUUGACGACAGCAUCUUUUUCACCCUGGAGUCACUGAAGCCCCUGGUGGAUGCGAGCCAGAGGGCUCCUGGGGCGGCAGAGGCCCCUCACAGACCCUCAGAGAGAACACACUGGCAGUCUGAGGCCUCGCGAGAACUUAGUAUCCUUGGCGAGAGUGCGGAUGACGUCUGCGGAACCCUGUUACUGAAGAACAAAGGAGACGUUGAGGUUACAAGGAUGACGAAUUUUGGAACUCUGAAAGAAGGAGGAAGUAAAAAUAUGGUGGUCUGGAUAGAGAAUAAAGGAGAUGUUCCUCAGCACUUAGUCAGCUGCAGACUGGCCGGCUGGGAUAAAACCAAACAAUUCAGUGUUCACAUGCCUGGUGAAGACCCAACAGGCCCCACAUCCUCCGCGGUUUCUGUUCCUGAGAAGGGGAAGGAGUUUUCAGAUGGAACCAUGAGCUCAUUGAGUAGCUGCAGAAAAAGCCAGCCCUGCCAGACUCUGGAGGGCAGCCUGGGGAGGAGCAGGGAAGGCGCUCCAGGCGAUUGCACCCGUGAAGGAGGAAGCGGGGAAGAAGAGGCUGGGCUCUCGAGGCAGGCCCCAGAUCCCAACAGGCCGAUCCCCCCAGGCGGAAAGACCUCCGUGGUGAUUACAUGCAAUGCAAAAAACUCUGGCCGCUGCAGGGAGCUUCUCCUGCUUUGUUUUUCUGACUUCAUCAUUGGGCGGUACCUGGACACAAACGUGGUCAGUGGCGAGGAAGCACUAAUAGGGGUCCGAGAACCAUUCUCUUGGAAAAAGUCGAAAAGUUCCCAAGUGUCAGCGCCCACAAAAACUACUGUGGUCGUGACCACACAGAAAAGGAACUCAAGACGACAACUUCCAAGUUUUCUUCCACAGUAUCCAAUACCAGAUAGACUUAAAAAAUGUGUGGAACAGAAAAUUGACAUUCUGACUUUCCAGCCAUUGCUUGCAGAGCUUUUGAACAUGUCAAACUACAAGGAAAAGUUUUCAACGUUGCUGUGGCUUGAGGAGAUCCAUGCGGAAACAGAGCUCAAAGAGUACAAUAUGAGUGGGGUCACCUUGAAAAGGAACGGGGACCUGCUGGUGCUGGAGGUCCCAGGACUGGCGGAGAGCCGGCCUUCUCUCUACGCAGGUGAUAAACUGAUUUUAAAAACUCAAGAGUAUAAUGGACACGUCAUUGAAUACAUCGGCUACGUGAUUGAGAUUCAUGAAGAGGAGGUAACUCUGAAACUUAAUCCAGAAUUUGAACAAGCAUAUAACUUUGAACCUAUGGAUGUGGAGUUUACAUAUAACAGGACUACAAGUAGACGAUGCCACUUUGCACUUGAACAGGUCAUCCAUUUAGGGGUAAAAGUACUGUUUCCAGAAGAAAUCAUUUUACAGUCUCCCCAAGUUACAGGGAAUUGGAGCCACAUACAAAAUACCAAAAAUGAGGGACAGUCCACCACCAAGAAAAACAGGAGAACUGGGAAGGACCAAACGAAGCAUGCAGGAAAGGAGAGGCAUGCCAGUGCCAAGGACGUGCUGGGGAUGGCAGCCUUCGCAGCAGAGCACAGUGAGCUGGGAGCAAAUGAAGCUCAGUCUGUGAAAGCAAGAGAUAAAGGAUUUUUUAAUCCAAUGCUAAAUGAAAAUCAGAAAUUAGCAGUCAAAAGAAUUCUGAGUGGUGACUGCCGCCCACUCCCGUAUAUUCUCUUUGGACCUCCUGGAACUGGGAAGACCGUGACCAUCAUCGAGGCUGUUUUGCAGGUAUACUGUGCCUUGCCGGACAGUCGGAUCCUAGUGUGCGCCCCCUCCAACAGCGCUGCAGACCUGGUGUGCCUGCGGCUGCACGAGAGCCAGGUGCUGCGGCCUGGCGCCAUGGUUCGCGUGAAUGCCACCUGCAGGUUCGAGGAGACGAUCAUCGACGCCGUCAAGCCUUACUGCAGGGACGGAGAAGACAUCUGGAAGGCUUCACGAUUCAGGGUGAUAAUCACGACAUGCAGCAGCGCAGGCCUCUUCUAUCAGAUCGGGGUGAGGGUCGGGCAUUUUACACAUGUGUUUGUGGAUGAAGCAGGACAGGCAAGCGAGCCGGAGUGCCUGAUCCCUCUGGGGCUCAUCUCGGACGUCAAUGGCCAGAUCGUGCUUGCCGGAGACCCCAUGCAGCUGGGGCCGGUCAUCAAGUCUAGGCUUGCCAUGGCCUACGGGCUGAACGUGUCCAUGCUGGAGAGGCUGAUGUCACGGCCAGCGUACCUGAGAGACGAGAACGCCUUCGGCGCUUGUGGCGCCUACAACCCCUUGUUGGUCACAAAGCUCGUGAAAAACUACAGGUCCCACUCGGCACUGCUGGCACUGCCGUCCAGACUCUUCUACCACAAGGAGCUUGAAGUCUGUGCAGACCCCAAAGUGGUGACCUCUCUGCUAGGCUGGGAGAAGCUGCCCAGGAAGGGAUUCCCGCUCAUCUUCCACGGAGUGAGGGGCAGUGAAGCACGUGAAGGUAGAAGUCCAUCAUGGUUCAACCCUGCUGAAGCUGUUCAAGUCAUGCGCUACUGCUGCCUGCUCUCCCGGAGCCUCUCGAGCCAGGUGUCAGCAAACGACAUCGGCGUCAUCACGCCCUACCGGAAGCAGGUGGAGAAAAUCAAAAUUCUUUUGCGGACUGUAGAUCUGACGGAUGUGAAGGUCGGAUCAGUCGAGGAGUUCCAGGGACAGGAGUACCUGGUUGUCAUCAUCUCAACCGUGCGAUCAAAUGAAAACCGAUUUGAAGAUGAUAGGUUUUUUUUGGGUUUCUUGUCCAACUCAAAAAGAUUCACCGUUGCAAUCACCCGACCUAAAGCCUUGUUGAUAGUGCUGGGGAACCCCUAUGUCCUUGUCAGAGACCCCUGUUUUGGUGCUUUGCUGGAAUACAGCGUCACAAAUGGUGUUUACACAGGAUGCAACCUCCCUCCCGAACUGCAGUCGCUGCAGAGCUGUGACUAGACGCGGCCCUGCGCCCAGCCCAGCAGGAACAGUCAGGAGUCCCUUCUGUAGAUGAGGACUGGCUGCUGCGCCGUGUCCCGGUGGAGUGGAGACACUGUGGCCCCCGUGACCUUCCUGUCUCUGCGGGGCGUACACCUGCUCCUGUCACGCGGUCACCUCCCUGAU